UUAUCCAUAUUUCGGUGUACUGUCAGUGGAAUAUAUUAUUUAUGUCAAAAUUCUAGCAAUAAAAGGUACCCAUCAAAAUUAUUAAAAAUUGUUUGCUGAUGUUAUCGACCAUGACAAAGAAAUUUAAAUAAAUCGUUAGACUGAGAUCGCUGAGUAUAGUUAUUUAGAAUCUUUCAAAUAAUAUUUUCAGAAAUUUCUCAUAAUGCGUGAGAUACCAGAAUGUUUGAAUCGCCGUUACCAGAUGUUGGACAAGUUGAUCAAGGACUUGAGUUCCGCCAGUCCUUCUGGAGGAGCAGCUUCACCGAACCCCAGUACAGCGGGCAAUGAAGUUGGUGUCAAGUUAAUGUGUGAUUUCUGGAACAUUCUGAAAGAAGACCCAGAAUGUGACCUACCGCAAGAAGUACAUCAGCGCCUAUGUGGUAAGGAUAGCGUGGGACCGUACGGUUCCCAGCAAGUGGAGUGCUACCUAGCCUGCAAGAGUAAGUCGAAGGAGAGUAUCGUAAAGCAGAAGAUAGACUCGGUGAUGAAUCGAGUUAAACGGAUACAUGUCCCGAAAGAAUCAAAAAGAAAAAUUUGUUGCCCUGAAGUUUGCCAGGAUGGUGAAAAGAUACCGCUCACUCAAGUUUUGUUCAAUAUUAAAGAGGCGGCCUCGUUAGAUAAACAAUGCCACGUGCGACUUGAAGAGCUCAGGUUAACCCAGAGAGACCUCGUGGAGCAGAUUCAAAGUUUGGAAGAAAGGGAAGCACAGGGCAUGCAAUUGUUGAAACAGGCUGAUUGCAUGUGGUGUUGUAUGGAGGACUCAUACAAGAAGAAAAUAUUAGAAUCUCAAGAUAGAUACAAAGAAUUGAAGAAAGAGUUUAAGGAAAUAGAAACUAAUUGUAUCAAAUGGAAGAAGCACAAGAAAGAUCUAGAAUUUCAAUUAGGGAAUAUAAAUAAGUGUGGCGAUGAAAUCAAAGAGAAAAUAUAUCAGAAGAAUAAUGACCUAAAAGUGAUGGGUAUGGAGAUUGAAGAUUUUAAGAAAAGAAUUGCAAGUAAUACUAAAGAUUUGGAUGUUGCUAAGAAUUCAUAUAAAUCGAAGAGAGAAUCUUCUGAUGCAAGAAUGGAAACUAUGGCUGCCCAAUUGCAGAGACUUCAACAAAAGGUUGCAAUAGAAAAGAAAGUUAAAACAGAAAAAGAGAAUGAGGGUUCAAAAUAUGUAAAAGAGGCGAGAGAGGAUUUGCAAAAAAUUUGUAGAGUCCUUUUACAGAAGAAACUUGAAAAUGAAGAUCUGCUUGCUGAGAAAGAAGCACUAUUUCAAGAGAUUGAUCUUCUAAAGCAGACCUGUGAUACUUGUAAAGAAAGAUGUGAGAAGAGAGAAAAAUCCAUUGCCGAAGAAUUGGCAAAGGUUGAAAAGGAUCUGGCUGCAUUUAAGGUGAAAUGCAUAAAAUGUCAUCAAUGUAUUGACACUGCAGAUGUAAGGAAAUACUGUACCGACUGUCCAAGAUGCUUAGCAAAAAGGGACUGUUUAUACUCAAAAGAUCAUUGCAGUCCUGAUCACUCUAUGGAUUGUGUUUGUAUGAGCGUAAAACAGAAAUUUUUGGACAAUAUUUUUGAUAACAUGUACACAGUUUUGGAGAGACAAUCUAAAACUUGUGGCGGUAAAGCUGUUGCUGAUUGUAUAUUAAAUUGCUUGAAGAGAAGUCGGAAUGGGAAACUUAAUCAGGAAACCAGGAAAGUAUUGCAGGACUUCAUAUUGAGUACGGUGAAGAAGAAUUUGAAUUUAACGAUUGUCGGUGGAGCGGUGAAGACAAGAUGCGAGAUGGACCCAGAAACUUACAAGCAGUUGAUGUUGUGUCUCAGAGAUGUGACUAUACCACGUCCAGUGAAAGAAGAUAGGGGCACACCGGCUAAAAAGGAUCCGUGUCAUCGCUGGGGUGGGAUUGGUGAAUGUAAUUGUCCAAAAGGUCCCAAAGCCUGUAUCUGUAAUAAAGCCCCAAAACCACCAACUGACCCUACUUCUUGUGGAUUACAACCAGCAGAUGAGGGUGCGAGUCCGAGUGAAAAUACGUGUCCGCAACGAGAGUCGCUGGCAUGCAGUACGGACUGUGGUAUGUUGGGGAUGCCGGGUGCGGCGGACAACUUGCGGCGCGAGCCCUGCGCCGGCCAGAGCUGCCCAUUCUCCAAGAAUAUGCGCGCCGCUCAGUGUGUUCUGGGGCCUGAGCCGCUCUCCACAGCGCAAAAAGUUCACCCCUUACCAUCAAACCUACCAAAGAAGUCACCACAAGAUAAGACGGCUACAUGCACUUGUGGAAGCAAGGUGGCAACACCAUGUCCAUGUCGUAAAGAUACAAAACAACUGAGAGCAGGAGUUACAGGCAAUUGCAAUAAGGGUUCAUGUGCACACUAUCGAAAAAUAAAAAAAGAUACCCGGAAUCUUGAGGUGUCCCAGCCAAUAUCUGCUGAUUCUAAAUUAAAUCCUAAAGGCCAAAAGGAACAAAGUAGCACAAUACCAGAAAUUAGAAAUAACAUUAGUCGAAAUGAAAAUGUUAAUAAAGAUCAAUUUAAAAUAUCUAUUGAAAAUAAAACUGGGCUGUCAAAUUAUCAAUUUACUGAACUCAAAUACACAAAGUCCGGCAGGCUAGCUAUGGAACUAAAUGAACAGUUAAUAGACAUGAUAGAAAAAAAGAGUCUUGAGGAUCCUUCUUUAUUCAUUUCAUUAAAAAAGACCUCAUCCGGUAAUCUUUUAGUCGAUUUCAAUGCAAAAGAAAACGAGGUUGAUAAUACUCACAAAGUAUCGAUAAGACGAACAUCUUCUGGAACUCGACUGUUAGACAUACAUAAAGAUGUUAUCAGUUUACUAAAAGGCUCGUUGGACAAUAAGUCAGAUGCCAGUAUAUUAAAAAGUAUCAAAUUAGCAACGAUUCCUAAAAAACAAGACGGUUCCAAUCAAGUGAGAAAAGAUAGAGCUGAGGCUUCCACUUCUCAGCCACAUGACAAAAACUCAGAGAAACAUACGAGUGAGCGUAAAAAAGACAAGAAAUCCCACAAAGAUAUUAGUCGAUUAGUCGACUCAAUGUUAAAGAGUUCAGAGGAAUUCCAAUUGAAAAAACUUCAAAGAACAGACAAAAUAGAUCGUCAAAAGUUACCCAGGCAAGAUAUUUCAAGUGUAUUUGAGUUUAGAUCAGAAUUAAAGAAAUUAUAUAAAGAAGGAAAUACAGAUGUUGCAGUCCAGAUUAAAGGAAAAGACGGUGAAGUCCAGACGUUUUCCACAGUUGUUACUAAAACAACGUCGGGUACUAUAGCUAUUUAUGUUGAUAACAUGACUUCUUUGAAAUACAUAAGCUUUAUGAAUAAUGAAUAUCCUGUAUUUUUGUCUAAGAUUUCUUCUAAUAGUUAUUUUGUAAAUUUUGAUAAGAAUGGUAGAGUUUUCAAUGCAAUCGUUAGAAAAUCUCCAUCUGGAGGAAUGUUAAUAAUCCCUGAAUCAAGAACUUUUAUUGAAAUGCACAGUAUGAGUCAUAUAAAUGAUCGUGACUUAAAACUUACAAUAAUUGGGUUGCAAACUCAACCGUUAGCACUUCCCGCAAUUUUGCAAACCACACCAUCGCUGAAUUACAUAAUCGGUUUAAAUGAAAACAAUAAAAAAAAUGAACUUUUAAACGAAUUUAUGCGGGACAAAAAGGACCUUGUAGUUGAUUUGCAUAAAACAAGUUCAGGAAAUUAUAUUAUUGAUUUGAAUAUUGAUGAUGAAAGUGAUUUAAUUAAACAGAAAGCCUUGAUUUAUAAAUCAUCAUCAGGUGAUGUAAAAGUAUUAAUUCAAAAAGAUAUCUUUGAAUCAAUAGCUAACUUGGUUUCAUUAGACAGUUUACCAAACGAUUAUUCACAUGCCAUUGGAAAAUUCCCUACUUCAAGUAGGGAAAUUCACCGAGGAAAUCUUAGAAAAUCAAAAUUAGCCAGCAGCGAUUCACAAGUUUAUGAUAACUUAAAAGUUCAGGACAAGAAAGGAAUAUUUACAGAACCUCAAACUGUUCUAAGAAAAACAGAGUCGGGUCAAUACGCCGCAAUUUUAGAUAAAGACUCAAAAAAGGUAUUCAUGCAUAAUUUAAAGAGCUUUUUGUCAACUAAUUCAGAAGGACUUAUUCCAAUAAAGAGAUCCGAUUCCGGAAAAAUAAUUAUAGAUCUCAAUAGUAGUGGCAAAUUCAAAGGACAUAACGGUACGUUGAAAAUAACUUCAUCUGGCAAUAUAUACGUGGUCGUUGACGAAGAGGUCAUGAAAUCCAUGACUAAACGCGCCAAAAAUAAGGAAAACCAUGCAGAUGUAGAUACGAGAUCACAGCAGGUUACAGACUUAAUCUGUUCUGUUAGUAAAGCAAUUACAACAACAUGCAACGCUCAUCCGGAAGAUUGUGAUUGCGAUGCAACCAAAUGCGUUUGUUCGGAAUUGCAGUUAGACACAUUUGAUUGGUUAACUGGUUUUAAUCCGAAGAAAACCAAAUCACAUCAUAAAAGUGGCUCCUUUCAUGCAAAGAAACGGAGUGGCGUUGCAAAAUCAAGUUCCAGAGAUAAGCCACCACAUAUUGUUAUUAAGCCAAAUUGUGAGUGCGAGCCGAAAUCCAAAAAUAUUGGAUGUUACUUUUUAGUUGAUUCAGUUUGUCCGUACCAUCAGCAUAUAUAUGACGAUGUAUCCAAUGAGAUAUUGGAAAUUACAGGGUUAUGUAAUCCAAACAAAAAACCGAGUAAAAAUAAAAUUGAGUUCGAAGCAAUUAACAAUAUACCGAAUGAAGGAAAAGGGCAUCAAGCAUGGGAUUCUUUAAGUUACCUACCACCCCAACUCCCACCUUUCUUGAAUCUUGACUAUCAUUAAAAAUCGAUUAUUUUUUUUUGUAUUGGUCUAUCAUCAGUAAGCAUAUAACAAAAACAAAUGUAUUUUAAUACGAGCAUUGACAUGUAUGACUGUAUGUGCUUUUUCAAAUAAAUUUUGUACUUAGUCGCAUUUAUUGAAUAUAAAAACAAAGCAUGUGUGUCGUCCAUUUUAUUUCCUAACUUUGUAUGAUCGAUGAUGGCAUACGUUUUGUUGAGGAGAUCGUAAUGGUUGUAGUCUGAAAUAUCGCACUAAAACUCUACAAUUGAUGAUAAAAGUUCCAUCAAGAUAGUAAUUUAUCAUAUGGUAUUGUACUAUUUCUGUGCGAUCAUGUAACUGUUCGCAGAUGAUUGCGUCCGUUUGUAUUAUACAUAAUAUUAUUUAAUAUUCGGAUUGUAUUUUUUCAUUUUGAAUACUAUUAAAUGCUCUUAAUUAAAUCCA